CAGAGACGCAACAGAACGACUUUCAGUGGUUCACAACUGCUCUCAUUAGAACGUACGUUCGCAAAAACGAGGUAUCCAGAUAUCAUCAUCAGAGAAAGUUUGGCCGCCAGUGUAGGGCUAUCAGAGGCCAGAAUACAGGUCUGGUUUCAGAACAGACGAGCAAAAUGGCGUAAA